ACCUUGUGCCUCGUCUUUACUGACGCUCACAGUAAGCACUGACACGAGUACUGACGCCGAGUGUCCCGACAGCAACAAAAUGUCCUUCAGAGAACCACCGGCCGCUCGAAGCUGUAAAUCUGGGAGUGUGUUGAAAGCAACAACAACCAUAAAAGGAGCAAAACAAACUUCAAGUGUUCAGUGCUGCUGUUCCCACCUGAGGACAGGUGCGGGAGGCGGAGGCUUGAAAGCCGGCCCACAUGCAGAUCAGGGUUUAUGGCUCGGCUUUGUCUCUCACUUCUGUUCUCGCCUGAAUACGACUGUGCCAAAGUUCAGCGCUCAGAGCUCGGGACAAUAGGAGAAAGAAGACACUGAACCAGAAGUCCUCCGGCAGCUUCACCUGAUUGUGUGUGAGACGAGUGACUCACCUGAGACGAUUCAACACAGCAGCGCAGCCGGAUUGCCAUACUGAAACCUCAGGCGUCACCGCCGGUUUUACUUGACCCAGAGCGAUAUGGCCACCAAGAAGGCAGGAGUCCAGCGACGGAUUGUGUCCAAGGACGGCCACAACAAUGUGCGCAUUGACAACGUGGAGGGUAUGGUCAAGCUGUACCUGCACGACAUCUGGACCACCGUGGUGGACAUGAAAUGGCGCUACAAGCUCACUCUGUUUGCCUCCACCUUCAUCAUGACUUGGUUCAUCUUUGGGGUCAUCUUUUACUUCAUCGGCAUGGGCAACGGAGACUUCGAGGCUGGUUUGAACUCCAACCACACGCCCUGCGUGAUGAACGUGGGCACGCUCACCGGAGCCUUCCUGUUCUCCCUGGAAUCACAGACCACCAUUGGUUACGGGUUUCGUUAUAUCUCAGAGGAAUGUCCUCUGGCCAUCUUCACCCUGGUGGCUCAGCUCGUCAUCACCGGCCUGGCUGAGAUCUUCGUCACCGGUGCCUUUCUCGCCAAACUGGCUCGGCCCAAGAAGCGAGCCGAGACCAUCAAGUUCAGCCAGUCGGCGGUGGUCUGCCGACGUCAAGGCAAGCUGUGCCUGAUGGUGAGGGUGGCCAACAUGAGGAAGAGCCUUCUGAUCCAGUGCCAGCUGACAGGAAAGCUCCUGCACUCCAACGUGACAGAGGAGGGUGAAAAGACCCAAGUCCACCAGAGCUCUGUGGAUUUCCUCAUGGACUCCAGCAGCGAGUGCCCUUUCCUCAUCCUCCCACUCACCUUCUACCACGUCCUGGACGAGAGCAGCCCACUGGCAGGGCUGAACGCCGAGAACCUGCACACUCGUGAGUUUGAGCUGCUGGUCACCCUCAACGCCACCAUGGAGUCGACGGCAGCCACGUGCCAGAGUCGCACCUCCUACGUCCCUCAGGAGAUCCUCUGGGGCUACGAGUUCAAGCCGGUCCUGUUCAGCACCGCCGGUGGCCGCUAUGUGGCGGAUUUCAACUUUUUCGACAAGGUGCAAGUGAGCAACGACGCAGCCUUCCUCAGUAACAACACAGAGAAGCUGAAACUGGAGGAGGACUACAAGAAAGAGUAGAAGAUUCCAGUCUUUUCUACUGUCUCAUCAAACUGUGACGCGUUCGUGAGGCCUGAGCCGGUUUUUCAUUUCAUAUCAUACAGAAAGUGAUUUGAUCCUGCUUUUCGUGUAACAAUGAAAACAAUUUUCCUGACACAUGACGUGAAAGUGUUCUCUUAGUUUUUCAUUUAGUUAUCAUCAUCAUUUGUUUAAAAAAAUGAUUUUAUAUAUAAUUAUUAAAUAUUAAUUUAGUUAAGUGUAGCUGAAUGCUCUUUAUUGUUGAGGUCAUGAGGGUUGAAAAGCCCAAAUAAAAAGCUGACUCAGUUUGACAAACUGAUAGUUCAGCAUUUGGAGGAAUAGUUUGACUUUGUGGGAAAAUAUGUUCCUUUUGGUGACAUUUGGUGAGAAGAUCUCACGUCUUCAGCAGAGAAACAUGAAUGUGAGCACAUGAGUUUGUUUGUCACAUCUACAGGCGCUGAAGUUUCUGCUCCUGCAAACAAAUGUGACUUUUGUUUGUUGUGUUAUUGACACAUCACAUUAUACUGAUAUGAUCAUACACUGGGUGUGGUGGCACAAAGAGGUACACAGUGUCUGCACAGGCUAAUAAUAUGGAUCAGUUUUCUUUUGUAAAAAAAUAAAAAGUUUCUUUAUUAUGUAAAAAUGAAAAGCAAAUGUUGUGUGGAUUUUUGUGAAAUCAGCAAAGAGAAAAUAAACGUUUCCCAGUGCAUGCUGGGAUUGGCUCCAGUCUGCGAUGACCUCGUUAGGAAUAAAGAAGGAAGAAUAAAGAAGAGAUGAAGACAAAGACAGAAACUGGUCGAGCCGGCAGCUCUGCCGUCUCAGCUUCUGUUGUGGCAACAGUGAAGAGCAGCCAGCAGCUCCAGCAAAACAAGCCAAGCUGACCCUUCACUGAGACACACACACACACACACA